AUGUCGGAAUUACCAGCGAUUCGUUGGGGAAUUGUUGCGACGGGGAUGAUCUCCUCCUGGUUUGUGGAGGAUCUUCUGAUCUCCCGUCCCGAUGCGAAAGUCAAGCAUAUUGUGCAAGCAAUCGGCAGCUCCUCUGUCGACAAGGGGAAAGACUUCGCGAAGCAGUACUGCCCCUCAAGUAACCCCACUAUCUACGGGUCGUACAACGAAGUCUAUGCGGAUCCGAACGUGGAUAUUCUCUACAUCGGAACCCCACAUGCAUUUCACAAGCAAAACUGUCUGGAUGUGAUUGCGGCGGGAAAGCCAGUCCUUUGCGAGAAGGCCUUCACCUUGAAUGCCCGAGAUGCGAAGGAAGUGUUCGCCUUUGCCAAGGAGAAGGGAGUUUACGUUGCUGAAGCAAUGUGGCUCCGUCACCGCCCGCUUGUUCAGGACUUGCAGCGUAUGUUGCAUAAGGAGAAAAUCAUUGGCGACGUCUUCGGGGUGUAUUCCGAGUUCGGUUUGGAGAUGGACAUCCCUAACCUGCCGGACGGAUCAAGAUACAAGCAACCUCGCCUCGGUGCUGGCUCACUCCUUGAUCUCGGCAUUUACACCUUGACGUGGGCUAUUCUCGGUUUGGACGCAGGAACGCCAGCCACUUCGGAAACACCCAAGAUUCUCGCCGCUCAAACACAUUGGGGUGAAGUUGAAGUAACAACCAGCGUCAUUCUUCAGUACCCGUCAACGGGAAGGCAAGGCGUGAUCACAUCCACAACGAUGGCGACGGGCAACCCGGACGUGAUAGCCCGAAUUCAAGGAACCAACGGCACUGUUGAAGUUCAUGGAACGGUUCCUUCCGACCCUGAGUCUUUCACUGUCUACGAGAAGUUCUGGAGGGACCAGAAUGCGGGCAUCGUGAAGAGAGAUGUUGCAAAGAAGCACGACUACAAGCCAGUUGGGCGUGGUUACUACUGGGAAGCUGAUAACGCCGCGUUAGACGUUUUGGCCGGAAAGCUUGAAAGUUCGGUCAUGCCUUGGUCAGAGACCAUACGUGUCAUGGAAAUCAUGGACGAGAUUAGACGACAGGGCGGAACGGUGUAUCCUCAAGACUCUGAGUAG